ACUAGCGAAUGAAAAUGGUAGUUGUAAAAUUAGCCUAACACAACACACGUGUGUAAUUGUUCGUGUGACUGACACAAAGACAAACACUGCACAGACAUUGAAUCGAUCAAUCAAUGGUGCUUGCGUCCAUUCGUCUUUUUCCUUCUCCAUUCCUCGCUUUCGCUCCUCGUCGCUCUCCAUAUUCAUGGCGCCCUCGUCCCUCUUCCGUCGCCGCCUUCUCUUCUCUCCACUCCUCGGCUUCUAAGGGAGACGGCGGAGUGGAACUAGGUGGUGAUCAAAGACAAGCAGAAGUUAUUUUUUUAGGGACUGGAACCAGUGAAGGGGUUCCUCGUGUUAGUUGCUUGACUAACCCUUUAAUUAAAUGUGAGGUGUGUUAAAAAGCUGCCCAACCGGGAAAUAAGAAUAGGAGACUUAACACAAGCAUUCUCAUUCGUCACCCCAAUUCUUCAGGAACACAGAAUAUUCUUAUAGAUGCUGGAAAAUUUUUCUAUCACAGUGCUCUCCGGUGGUUUCCUGCUUAUGGGAUAAGAACAAUAGAUGCUGUCAUUAUUACUCAUUCACAUGCUGACGCAAUUGGAGGUCUUGAUGAUCUCAGAGAUUGGACAAACAAUGUUCAGCCUCAUAUUCCAAUAUAUGUAACCAAACGAGACUUUGAGGUGAUGACAAAGACCCAUUAUUAUUUAGUAGAUACUAGUGUUAUCUUACCUGGUGCCAAAGUCUCAGAGUUGCAAUUCAAAAUCAUAUCGGAAGAAUCAUUUUUUGUACACGGACUGAAGAUUACCCCAUUACCAGUUUGGCACGGCCAGAAUUAUAGGUCCCUUGGUUUUCGUUUUGGUAAUAUCUGUUACAUUAGUGAUGUUAGUGAAAUUCCUGAAGAAACUUACCCACUUCUAAAGGACUGUGAAAUUCUAAUCCUGGAUGGAUUAAGACCUGAUCGUUCUACUUCCACACAUUUUGGACUUCCAAGGGCGUUGGAGGAAGUGCGAAAAAUUCAACCCAAAAGAACACUUUUUACUGGUAUGAUGCAUCUGGUGGAUCAUGAAAAAGUGAAUGACUACCUUGCGAGCUUAUUGGAGUCUGAGGGUCUUGAUGCACAACUGAGCUAUGAUGGACUUCGUAUACCAGUCAGACUCUAGAUUUAUACAACCUCAAUAAUUAUUUUUUUCCCGAAAGAGAAGUUAUUAAACAAUACAUUUAAAUGAUUUUACAAGUUCACACAUUCUGCAUGCUACUGCAACUAUUCCACCUUCUUCCCAUCCACUUGUCAUUCUUAUUUCCUUGUCUCUAUUAGCGACAAGCAACACUUAUACCAUAAUGUAACAGGAUUUUUUCACCUUACAAUGAAAUAUUUUAUUGUGUAGUGAAUUAUUAUUUGGUCAUUAUACGUAAAGAAUUAAUCGAUUUAGUUUCUAGAAUACAUAUAUAGAAACUCUGUUUGAACCAGAAGAUUGGUGUUUGAAUUUAGCAGAUAUGAAGACUGAAACUCUCACAAGGUUGAAACCACUACUUUGACAUUGACAAUCCAACAUUUCCAGGAUUCAUAAACGCAAUUGGAACUUAUUGUUAUGAUAUUUUGUAUAUUUGUGGCCUAUACAUUCCCACUUGGCAAUUCAUGAUGAGUCAAUAUGAAAGAAAAAACAUAAAAGAAAUAGAUGUCGGGACUAUGGUCCACUAUGUUUUCUACGCACUGAUUCAAUAAAAGAU